AUGAAUGAAAUCGAACGAAAACGAAGUUCUGAUGAUUUAUCAGAAGAGAAAACAAAGAAAUUUCACAAUGAAUUUAAGCAACAAACAUUGACUUGUUUUGAAGAUCUAUCAAAUGAAUUAUUAUGUGAAAUAUUUGAUUAUCUUAAUGGAUAUGACUUAUGUAAAAUAUUUUCAAAUCUUAAUAAUCGAUUAGAACAACUUCUUCAUUCUUCAUUGGUAUUAUAUAAAAUUCGUUGUUAUUUAUGUCAAAAUGAUGAGAUAAUGAACGUAUUUAAACAAUUUAUGUUUUCCAAUCGGCAUCAAAUAUUUUCUAUACAUGUGAAUUUUAUAUUUCCAGAUACUUAUUUUUUUUUAUCAUUUUUAUUCGAUUCAUCGUUUGAUCAUCUUGAAUCAAUUGUUUUUAAACAUAUUCAAUCCGAUACAAUUAUUCCAAUUCUAAGCAAUUUAUCUUCUUUACCAAAUCUUCUCUCAUUAACAAUUGAAACAUCUGAUGUUAACGAAAAAAUCAAUGAUAUCUACCAAUUGAUAUUUGUUUUACCUAAAUUAAAAUAUUAUCGAUUUUCUUUUGCUGAUAAACCACAUUCAAUUACACUUCCACUAGCCAUGAAUAACCAAUGUAGUCCUAUUGAAUAUCUUGUUAUUGAUCAUUAUUGUUCUUUGAACGAACUUGUAAUUUUAACUUCUUAUACAACACAACUUCGACGUUUAACUCUUCAUGAAACAAAAAUGAAUGAUUCAAAUAUGACGAUAUUAUCAUCAAUUACAUUAGCUAAUCUAAAAUCGAUGUAUUUGAAUUUAGGUCGAGCAAAAUUUAAUGAACUGGAAACAUUCAUCACAAAAGCAUUUUCAAAUGUAGAAACUUUAUCUAUUAUUGGAUCGAAAGAUAUCACUUUUCUUGAUGCUUAUCGUUGGGAACAAUUAAUUGUAAAUUAUUUUCCUAAGUUAGAAAAAUUUUAUCUAUUCUAUGAUGAUCGAAUUGAUAAUGAACAAGAAUAUUCAAUAUAUACUGGAGAAAUGGACAAAUUUUCUUCAUCAUUUUGGAUUGAACGACAAUGGUUGUUUGAAGUCGAAGUUAGGGAUAUAAGUAUCGUAUAUAUAAUACGCCCAUAUUGUAAAAGAUGGUAUGAUGAUACGAAACAUAAUAUUGUUAAUUGUGUCGUUGAACAUACUACAUUUAUUGAUUUGACAAUCGAAUGCGUUCUUUAUUAUAUGUUUGAAAAAGUGGUGUUCAAAGCAAUUGAACAUAUUUUAACAAUAACACACAUUUAUCAUUUAGAUAUUCUUCAGAAAAAGAUCUCAAUUCCAGCAUUGAUUCACACUGUUAAUCUGUUACCAGACAUAACUACAUUACGAAUUCAUUCAUUAUCAAUAGACGAAACAAACAAAUUGACUAUUCAACAAAUUCGGAUUUUAUGUUCUAUGAAAGCGACAAGUAAAGUUACCAAAGUCUAUCUUGAAGAGAUUGGUAAUAUUCAAGAAUUUGAUUUUCUUUUCACACUUUGUCCUCAUAUGGAAUAUUUCAAAGUUAAAUGUAUAAGUAUGAUGAAUAUUCAAUCAUUUUUACAUGCUUUUUUCAAGAAAAUUAAUCGCAUUAAUAAUCAUUCUCUUCGUUCAUUAUGUUUUUAUGUUUCAACAGCAAUUGAUGAAAUAAUUAAAAAUAUUCAAGAAAUGAUUAAAUGUGAAAAAUUACUCUCUCAUUUUACAAUUAAAUGUGCGCAGGAUACUAUUUGUUUACAAUGGAAAUGA